CCCCCGCUCCAUGAAGAGGGACAACCUGACCUGGGCGGAUGAGUUUGUCCUACUGGGGCUCUCCAGCGACAGGCAGACCCAGGCUGGACUUUUUGCCCUGUUUGGGGCUGCUUAUCUGCUGACCCUGCUGGGCAAUGGCCUCAUUAUCCUCCUCAUCCAGCUGGACCCCCGACUGCACCUGCCCAUGUAUUUCUUCCUCUACAACCUCUCGGUGGUGGACAUCUGCUACACCUCCAGCGGGGUCCCCCAGAUGCUGGUGCACAUGGUCCUGGAGAAGAAGACCAUCUCCUUUGCCCGAUGUGGGACUCAGCUGUUCUUCUCGCUGGCCUUAGCAGGGACUGAGUUCCUGCUGCUGGCCACAAUGGCUUACGACCGGUAUGUGGCGGUCUGUGACCCCCUGCGCUACGUGGCAGCAAUGAGCCUGAGGCGCUGCGUGGGGCUGGCAGCAAUCGCUUGGCUUGUGGGCAUAGCUAACUCUGCAGUGGAGACAGCGGUCACCCUGCGCCUGCCCACCUGUGGGCACCACAUACUCAACCACGUGGCCUGUGAGACACUGGCUCUCGUCCGGUUGGCCUGUGUGGACAUCACCCUCAACCAGAUAGUCAUAGUGGCCUCCAGUGUGGUGGUGCUGCUGGCACCCUGCUGCCUGGUCUCCCUGUCCUACGCCUAUAUUGUGGCCGCCAUCCUGCGGAUCCGCUCCACUGGGGGGCGCCGCAAAGCCUUCGGGACCUGUACCUCCCACCUCACUGUGGUCUCCAUGUCCUACGGGAUGGCCCUGGUUACCUACAUGCAGCCUCGUUCCACCUCCUCAGCUGAGCAGGACAAGGUGGUGGUGGUCUUUUAUGCCGUGGUGACCCCCAUGCUGAAUCCACUCAUCUACAGCCUGCGGAACAAGGAGAUGAAGGCUGCUCUGAGCCGCGUUCUGAUGCGGGAUUCUGAAUCAAGACAUUAG